GCCCGGGGCGUGGCUUCCCGCGCGUUCGCUGCCCGGCGAGUGAACAACCGCGCUGCGGACGGACCAUGGCGAGCGCCGGGCCUUUAUCCGGCGGCGGCGCGGCCCGGCGGCAGCUGCACUCGGCGGAGGCGGUGGACGUGGCCUCGGCCUCUAACUUCCGGGCCUUCGAGCUGCUGCACUUGCACUUGGACCUGCGGGCUGAGUUCGGGCCGCCGGGGCCCGGCGCGGGGAGCCGGGGGCUAAGCGGCACCGCGGUCCUGGACCUGCGCUGCCUGGAGUCCGAGGGCGCCGCCGAGCUGCGGCUGGACUCGCAUCCGUGCUUGGAGGUGACGGCGGCGGCGCUGCGGCGGGAGCGGCCCGGCUCCGAGGAGCCGCCCGCGGAGCCCGUGAGCUUCUACACGCGGCCCUUCUCGCACUACGGCCAGGCCCUGUGCGUGUCCUUUCCGCAGCCCUGCCGCGCCGCCGAGCGCCUCCAGGUGCUGCUCACCUACCGCGUCGGGGAGGGACCCGGGGUUUGCUGGUUGACUCCUGAGCAGACAGCAGGAAAGAAGAAGCCCUUUGUGUACACCCAGGGCCAGGCUGUCCUAAACCGGGCCUUCUUCCCUUGCUUCGACACUCCUGCCGUUAAAUACAAAUAUUCAGCUCUUAUUGAGGUCCCAGAUGGCUUCACAGCUGUGAUGAGUGCUAGCACCUGGGAGAAGAGAGGUCCAAAUAAGUUCUUCUUCCAGAUGUGUCAGCCCAUCCCCUCCUAUCUGAUAGCUUUGGCCAUCGGAGAUCUGGUUUCGGCUGAAGUUGGACCCAGGAGCCGGGUAUGGGCCGAGCCCUGCCUAAUUGAUGAUGCCAAGAAGGAGUACGACGGGGUGAUAGAAGAAUUUUUGGCAACAGGAGAGAAGCUUUUUGGACCUUAUGUUUGGGGAAGGUAUGACUUGCUCUUCAUGCCACCGUCCUUUCCAUUUGGAGGAAUGGAGAACCCUUGUCUGACCUUCGUCACCCCCUGCCUGCUAGCUGGGGACCGCUCCUUGGCAGAUGUCAUCAUCCACGAGAUCUCCCACAGUUGGUUUGGGAACCUGGUCACCAAUGCCAACUGGGGUGAAUUCUGGCUCAAUGAAGGUUUCACCAUGUACGCCCAGAGGAGGAUCUCCACCAUCCUCUUUGGCGCUGCAUACACCUGCUUGGAGGCUGCAACGGGGCGGGCUUUGCUGCGUCAGCACAUGGACAUCACUGGAGAGGACAACCCACUCAACAAGCUCCGUGUGAAGAUUGAACCAGGCGUUGACCCGGACGACACCUAUAAUGAGACUCCCUACGAGAAAGGUUUCUGCUUUGUCUCAUACCUGGCCCACUUGGUGGGUGAUCAGGAUCAGUUUGACAAUUUUCUCAAGGCCUAUGUCCAUGAAUUCAAAUUCCAAAGCAUCUUAGCCGAUGAUUUUCUGGACUUCUACUUGGAAUAUUUCCCUGAGCUUAAGAAAAAGAGAGUGGAUACCAUUCCAGGUUUUGAGUUUGAUCGAUGGCUCAGUACCCCUGGCUGGCCCCCUUACCUCCCUGAUCUCUCUCCUGGGGACUCACUCAUGAAACCUGCUGAAGAGCUAGCCCAGCUGUGGGCAGCGGAGGAGCUGGACGUGAAGGCUAUUGAAGCCGUGGCCAUCUCUCCCUGGAAGACCUACCAGCUGGUCUACUUCCUGGAUAAGAUCCUCCAGAAAUCCCCUCUCCCUCCUGGGAAUGUGAAAAAACUUGGAGAGACAUACCCAAAUAUCUCAAAUGCCCGGAAUGCAGAGCUGCGGCUACGAUGGGGCCAAAUUGUCCUUAAGAACGACCACCAGGAAGAUUUCUGGAAAGUGAAGGAGUUCCUGCAGGACCAGGGGAAGCAGAAGUACACACUUCCGCUGUACCAUGCAAUGAUGGGUGGCAGCGAGGUGGCCCAGACCCUCGCCAAGGAGACCUUCGCAUCCACCGCCUCCCAGCUCCACAGCAAUGUUGUCAACUACGUCCAGCAGAUCGUGGCACCCAAGCGCAGUUAGAAGCUCGUGUGCAUGGCCCUGCCUCUUCUCUAGGCUUCCAGAAUAAUUGUUUGUUCCCAAAUGCCAGUUCUCUGAUCAACUUUCUGGAGUUUAUAUCCCUUUGGGAUAAUCUGUUCUCUAGGCUUAGGUAUCUGUGGCUCUUGGGCCUCUGCUCUGGUGGGAACUUACUUCUCUAGGCCACUGAGCCCUGAGACAGAGAACCUGGCCACAGCUCUCCCCACUACAGGCUGCAGGCGCUGAGGGCAGGGGGCUUCCCCUCCCCUUCUAAGUCUCCAGGGAGGAGUGAAGAGGACUGAUCUCCCCUUCCCUCCUUCCCUCCCUCCCUCCCUUCCUUCCUUCCUUCCU